AUGUCAAUGGCAAUGGUAACGGGUGAUCCAUCAAGAUUGGAUCUGUCUUUACAGACAUCGCCAUUUGAAGAAAAGGUGACAAGAAAUGGAUUGCAAAAGAACAUUAGAGUGGUCAUUAAGAACAGUCCCUUUACAGUGCAGUUUAAGCUCAGAAAACACGAUAUAGAUCUCAACCACGUCGCCUUUGAGGCAACGCUAGUCUAUGACAGUGACUCUGUCGAAGGCGAGAAAGAGGUUGACUUUGUAAAGAGCAAGCCCGUCGAAUAUAAAUCGACACCCAACGAGACGGGAGACACCAUCACGAUGGAGCUUCGUAUCAAGGUGUUGACAUCGCAGCACGAAGAUAUGUUUUUCAAGAGCGAGCAACAAAGACUUAUAGAAAAAUUAAUCGAUCACAACUUUAAAGGUACCACCGCAACCACUGGAGGAGGCGGCAACAGUAGUCUUCUUCUUGCUGUCCCCAAUCCAGUCAUAAUGACUGGUUCUUCUGGGUCUUCGUCGUCUUCGUCGUCGUCGUCAUCAUCAUCUCUGGGCAAGGUCGAGUUUGAAGAUGCAUUCAAAAUGAUGAUGAGCUCAUAUGUACAAUUGGACCCAAGACAACGUGUAGAAAAGGUUAGACGUGUCUUUAGAAACGCCAGUAGUCGCGAUUCAGAGACUCUGAGCGAGCUAUUGGAUCUAUUUAUAACAGAGGGUGUCGGCGGUCCAUUGGGGGCUAUCGCACCUCUCCCACUCUCUCCCACACAACCUCCACAACCAUCUUCUCUCUCGCCAUCGAUCAUAUCCAUCAGCAGUCACAGCAACGGCAUUUCACACAACAACAACAACAACCUCGGUCAUAGUCUUUUAUCAAACAACAAUAGUAAUAGUGGCAACGGCGGCCACAAUAUCCAACAGCAACAACAACAACAACAACAACAACCAAUGCAAAUUCAUCAACCAUCACCGAUUGCAAACAAUCCAUUCAUGACUUCAACCACCUCUACUACUUCAACCACUUCAAAUAAUAAUAAUACUUUUGGCGAUAGAAAUCAAAAUCAAAAUAAUCAAAAUAAUAAUAAUCAAAAUAAUAAUAAUCAUCCCAACAAUGACCCAUAUAAUAAUCCAUUUUUUAAUACUUUGCCCGCUUCUUUUGACAAUGACUUUGGAUCUUUUAAUAGUGGUACCGAUUUUAUACCAUUUUAA